AUGGAUCGGAGAUUUGGAGGUGGGGGCAGUAAGUGGGGAGAACGCCGUGUGGCCCCGAGUCUCGAGAAACAGCAUCCGCCGUGUAGAACAGACCGGGUCGGAUCGGACCGUUGA